AUGGUUGCAAGAUCCCACAAUCUUGGAGCUCAUGCGAAAUUGGUGGCAAUCCUUUAUCUUUAUUGGAUCUCCUGGCUUUAUUCUCGCAAAGAAAAUGCAGGCUCUAAAAGAAAGUUGAAUGAAUGGAACCAUGAGGUUUUUGGAAAAAUUGACACCUUAAUCCAAAAUAAUCUCAUUGCAGGUCAAAUUGUGGAGUCUAAAUUGUUGUUGGAUCCACUAGCGAUGGAAAAAAUUGAAGCAAAGGCUGAUUUCAAGAGAUUAGCGAAGAUGCAUAAUGUUUUUUGGAAACAAAGAGCUACAAUCAAUUGGGUUGAGGAACAUGAAAAUAAUACCCGCUUUUUCCACAAGUAUGCAUCAUCAAAACAAAGAGGUAAAAAAAUUUCGCAGUUAAACAUAAAUGGGGCUUUGACAAGCGACAAAACUAUUAUUAAAGAGGAAAUUGUUUCUUACUAUCAAGGAUUAUUCGAAGAAGACUCUUUUUCUAGACCUCAGCUAGAUGGACUCACUUUCCCUUCCAUCUCACACGAAGACGCCAACAAGCUUGAAAUCAAGUUCACUGAAGAAGAAGUUCAUAUGGCUUUAGCUGAGUUAGCCCAAGAGAAAGCUCCAGGUCCUGACGGAAUGCCCAUCUUUGUCAUCAGUAAGUCUUGGGAUUUAAUGAAGCAUGACAUUCUCCUGGUCAUGGACGAGCUCUACUACAACAACUCGAUAGAUUGGAGACUCAAGUCAACUUUUCUUGUUCUCAUUCCGAAAGUGCAAGACCUAGAGUUCAUCACUGAUUUUCGCCCAAUUAGCUUAAUGAGCAGCAUAAACAAGAUUAUAUCAAAGUUCAUUGCCACAAGACUCAAAAAAGUUCUUCCUAUAAUCAUCAGCCAUCAACAAUCAGCUUAUGUAGAGGGUAGACAAAUAAUGGAUGGAGCUAUCAUUGCGAACGAAUGCAUCAAUUCCUCUCAAAGGUUUCAACAAGCAGUUAUUCUCUGUAAAAUCGAUUUUCAAAAAUCUUACAAUAAUGUAGCUCGGUCUUUUUUUGAUUAUGUGUUGAAGAGAAUGGGCUUUGGAGUUAAACGGAGACUGUAG